UCUCCACAUCGCCUUCGACGUCCAAAGCAAUCUUCAGUCGCAGUACAUACCACAACGCCAGUCGCGCGCCUCCUGGUCAACACGACAGCGACAUCUAUAGCAAGCCCAGCGCCCAAACCCCAAAGAGAACAAAAAAUGUCUGACUACGGCGACGACGGAGCUGAGCCGCUCGACGAGCCCGCCUUCGAAGAGGAUCUUGACGAGUACUACGAGCCCGAGCCCGAGCCGGCAGGGGGCGACGACCAGGCCAACGGCGCCGACGCCGAGGAGGGCGACACGGACCACAUCGUGUCGGGCGACCCCAGCGCGCACGCCAACGUCGGCAAGGGCAACGAUAAGUCGCACAAGGACAAGAAGAUCCCGAACGAGUCGCGCACCACGACGCCCUUCAUGACAAAGUACGAGAAGGCGCGCAUCCUGGGAACGCGCGCCCUGCAGAUCAGCAUGAACGCGCCCGUCCUGGUCGAUCUCGAGGGCGAGACGGACCCGCUGCAGAUCGCCAUCAAGGAGCUGAGGCAGAAGAAGAUCCCUCUGAUUGUGCGGCGGUACCUGCCCGACGGAUACUACGAGGACUGGACCUGCGAGGAGCUUCUUCAAUGAGAUGGGAUCGAUACUCACUCACACUAACUCUCACUCUCAUCUUCUCAGUCUCUCCCUCCCAUCCUCACCCCCGACGUCACCCCAAGCACUGAGUUUCACCGCCAGUCACUCUUGUAUGUAAAUAAGAACUUUAAUUAACUAAUUGUCAAACUAU